AUUUUUAAUAACAUUUCAAGAUUUCAAUUAGUUUCGUGUUUUUAGUGUUAAUAAGUAGAUAGUAUAAUGACAUACUUAAUUAAAAAAAUUGUAGUUAACAACUAAAAAAAAAGUUGAAAAAAAUAAAGGAAUAACGCGAAAAAAAUAUGGAUAAUGGUCACGUACGAGAUUUUUCAGAGUUUUGUGAACAACUCAAUGAAAUUAGAAUUAAAUUUCUCAAAUGGGAUAGUUGUGAAAGAACCGUGGGACUUUACUACCUAAUGGUAGGAUUACCAUUUGCCAAUGCUAGAUUUUUGCAACAUACUUUAGAAAUGUCAAUAAAUGCCGUAAAUACCCCAGCGGCAUAUGUUUUAGAAAAAAAUGCCAAUGACACAAUUCAUGUAUCAAGUUUUUUACUUGAACCACCACAGGUAGCAAUAUCGUUGUUGCUGACUCAUUUACCUUUACUAAAACCCGACAACAAAAAAACUGCAGACUGUUAUUUACGAAUAAUAAAACAAGUAUUCACGGAAUUUAUAACGCCACCUGUUAAAAUAUACAAUGAAUGUGUAGAAAUCAUGUCUUAUUUGUACAUACAUCCCGCAUUUACCAACGACGACAAAAGUUCAUUCAAAGACUUGCUAAAACAGGUUGUUUUGAAAUUGAAACCUCAGUCUUUUGUUCAUUCUUCUGCGACAGAAUCAAGUGAUGAAUCUAUCAGUCCUAAUCCAGAUUCCCAACAAAAUUUAAAACAGAGAAGAUCUAACAGUUUAACUCAAGCGCCUGAUAAUAUUAUACGUGAUCAAGACAAUUGGUAUUCCAGAGAGAAUCUCAGUGAACCUACCUGCAAACCUAGGAGUUAUUCAUUAUCUAGUGAUAAAUCUUUAUUAGCAGGAUUAUGUAAUUUACAAUCUAGUCGAUCUGAAACAAGAUUACAAGAUCUAAAAUUACAAAAUAAUUCACCAGCAAUGAAAAGCAUCAUAUGUUGGUUGAAAUCCUUGAGGUUACAUAAGUACAGUUGGGUUUUUAACAACCUCACCUACAAUCAGAUGGUAAACCUCACCGAGGAAACUCUACAAAGCAUAGGAAUCACCAAAGGUGCUAGACACAAGAUCCUCCUUAGCAUAAACAAAUUAAAAGAAAGAGGAACAAUGUUAACGGAAUUGGAAACAGAGGUUAUGAAUGGGGGAGAUUUGAACGUGGCUUUAAAAAAAUUGAAAGGUGUAUUGCAGAGUCCGUUACAGAUAUCUCCGGGAGAGGAUCUACCAACGCAGUUUGUUAAAGUAAUGGGAAAAGUUUGUACUCAAAUGUUGAUGUUACGACAACCUCCGGAUGAUUAUCUUCUAGCUUUCCAUUCUAUGUGCGAGAAAGCAGAUACAAUGGACUCUUUCACAGAUGAACAGAAGAAAAAAUUGAAUAUGUGGAAGUGUCAGUUGAUCAAAGAUGACCUGGUGCUUCCAGUACACAGUGGGAAACCGAAAAAACACUCCAAUAGGUCUCACCGUUUGGAUCCGCAUAGGAUCAAAAAACUAUGUUGUUCCAUGCAACCCAAUAGUUACACUAAGAAAAGUUCAUCGUUUCCUAAUAUGCAGAACAAUCAAUCUUGGAAUACACACAGACAUUCAGUGGGUAGCUUAACGUUACAGAAUCAAUUGUACACUUCGCAGGCUAGCCAAAAAUUGGUGAAUAGAAAUCUUCAUUUCGCGAAUAAUUCCAAUAAUUGUAUGGAAACAUCGGAAUCUAGUCAGAAACAAAUCAACUUGCCUAAAUUGAAAACGCCUGAUAGUAAGGAAAUCGAAAGUAGUUUGGAAUCCUUGUGUAUACAAAUGAUGGAACACGCUUUGGGACCUUAAUAACAGUUUUAUUUAGGAAAUGUAGUGUGUAGUUUUUAAAGUUUACCUUGUUGGUAUUUCGGAAAGUUGGUUCAAAGAUUUCGAAUUAUUGGUAGGGUGAGUGGGGUUGAACCUGUUAACGGUUUAUAUUUUGAUACAGAUUAUUUGAUCAAAAGAAAGGGAUGAAACUGUUUACAUCCCCAAUAGCUACUUUAUAAACAUGUGGAAUUGUUUUAGGUUAUUUUGAGUUGGGUUUUCCCAAAUUUCAGGGUAUUUUAGCAUUUUUUUGUCUGAAUUUAUCAUCUUUAAGCCUUUUAAGAUUAUUUUCUAACUAAACAGGACUGAUAAAACAUAUUUACUUCCUCAUUAUUUAGUUUUUAGUUGUUUUUUUUUCAAAUUUCAGUGUAUAUUCUCAUUUUUAGCUAAAAAUUGAUAUUUACUAGUUAUGAAGAAUCAUUUUUUGAUCAAAUAAUAAAGAUCAAACUAUUUAGAUGUUUAUUAAUCAUUUUCAUAACUAUUAAUGGGAUUAGUUACUUUUUUCUAUUAAUUUUUCAAAUGUGAAACUUUUUACAUGUAAUUAAUAAGUUUCAAAAAUGUUUUUGGUAAUUAGAGUUGGGUUUUUUCAAAUUUCAGUGUAUUUUUGGAAUUUUUUGUCAAAAUUUAUCCCUUUCAAGUCCUUCGGGAUCAUUUUCUAACUAAACAGAAGUAAUGAAACUUCUUUCUACGUCCAAUAGUAACUUGAUAAACAUGUGAAAUUGUUUUAAGUAGUUUUGAGUUGUUUUUUUUUCCAAAUUUCAAUGUAAAAUCCCAUUUUUAGUUAAAAUUUGAUAUUUACAAGUCUAAUGAGCCAUUUUUUUUGGUCGAAUAAAAAAGAUGAAUCCAUUCAGAUGUCCCUUAAACAUUCCCAUAACAUACAGACAUGUUGUUAGAGGAGAGAUGAACCUAUUUACAUGAUAGUUAGUAACUUUCAAAAAUGUUUUUAGUAAUUUCAGUUGGGUUUUUUCAUGUUUCAGUGUAUUUUUGGAAUUUUUUCUCAAAAUUUAUUAUUUCCAAGUUAUUUGGGAUCAUUUUUCAAACCCAUAGAAGCAAUGAAACAUAUUUACAUCACCAUUAAUCAUUUUCUAAUUGUAUGGACUUAUUUUUGAUAGUUUCAAUUGGAUUUUUCCAAAUUUCAGUGUACACUUACUUUUUUUGGGUAAAACUUCAUAUGAAUUGAGAUAUGAAGGAAUUUUUUUAGAUAUGAGUAGAGAUAAAACUAUUUCCAUGCCCAAUAACAUCUGAACUUGUUUUAAAUGGUUUUGAAUUGGGUUAUCUCAAAAUUUAGUUCAUAUUUGCAUUUUUUAGUUAAAAUUUAUCCUUUUCAAAUUAUUCGGGAUCAUUUUCUGACCAAACUGAAGCGAUGAAACAUUUUCACAUGCCCAUUGAUCAUUCUCUUAAUAUAAAAACAUAUUUUUAUUUGGUCGAGUUGAGUUUUUUGAUUAAUCUUUGAAAUUCCAUUGUAUAUUUGAAGUUUUUUGUCAAAAUUCAAUUUUUUGAUGUCUUUUUAAAUGAUUUUCUAACCAAAAAGAACCGAUAAAACAUAUUUACCUGCCCAUAUAAUUUUCUUGUUGUAUGAACUUGUUAUUAGAAUUGGCUUUUUCAAAUUUUAAUGUAUUUUCGCAUUUUUUUGUUAAAAUUUAUUAUUUCCAAGUCUUUUUAGAUCAUUUUCUAAUCAAAAAGAAGCGAAGAAACAUAUUCACUGCCCAUUAAUCAUUUUCUUAGCAUACAAAUAUAGUUUUAAUGGGUGGGGAGUCAUUUUUUUCAAUUCUUUUUCAACUUUGGACCAUUUUUUAAACAUUAACAUGCUUAUUUGUUAGUUUUUAGUGUUUUUCUAUCAAAAUUUAUCAUUUCCAAGUCAUUCAUACCGAUGAAACAUUUUCACAUGCCAUUUGAUCAUUUUCUUAAUAUAAAAAUUUAUUGUUAUUGGGUUUAGUUGAGUUUUUUUGAUUAAUUUUCCAAAGAUUUUUAACACAUAUAGAUAGUAUUGAACCUAAACUGUUUUAAAAUAAAAAUUAAUUUCAAAUAUUCCUACCAGGUAAAUUAAAAUUAUCAAUCAACACGUUGACUGCCAAGGCAAUUUUGACAAUUUUAUUUAUUCGCAUUAAAUGAUUGAAAAUACUAAUUUAAACGCAAAGUUAUCAUUGAAAGGUAUAGAAAAGAUUUAUUUUACAUAAAAAAACUCUCUGGGGGGUAAAUUAUGAGUUAUUUCUUAGUUGGGGGGUCAGCGUGUUGAAAUUUCACCAACUUUUGGAAAUACCAAUGGGGUUCGACAGCACCGUGGCCUAUUAAUUCGACAAUUUGUGUGCUGUAAGCGCAAUACCUGUAUUUUUAACUGCUGGCGGAGUCCUCCAAAUAUCCUGUUUUGAUUUUGUGCUUAUUUUAUUUUUAUCUUUUUAUUAUUGUUAUUGAAUGUAUACAACUUUUGUGUUAUAAGAUAUAUUUGACGAUUGUUUUUAUUCGUUGAAGACUGCUGGUAGACCAAAUUUGAAAAUUUAAAAAAAACAAUGUACUAAACUUAUUUAGUAUGAUUUUUUAAUAUGUUAUUCAAUAUUUUUUUAUGGGUUUUAUGAAUAAUAAUGAAACUAACAAUGUCUGAAUGGAAUUUUCUUUAAAUACGGUUUUGUUCAAAAUUAUUGAUCUAUUUUGGAAGGAUCUGGAUAAAGGAAGAAUUGUAGAUUAUCCGGAGCCUCUAUGUUGUGAAAAUAGGAGUUUUUCUUUGUACUGAGGCUACGGAACUUACAACUUAUCUUAUAUAAACUUUGUUUUGGUGGUUUUAGUUGAGUUUUUACAUGAUGUUUUCAAUAUUUUAAUUCAUAUUGGCAAAAUUUAACGUUUGUAGGUCAUUUAAACUUUUUUUUUGAUAGAUAGAAGAGAAUCAGAUGAUUUUUUCAUUUUUUUUUCCUCAAGUUUCACUGUAUAUUUUUACUGUUUAUCCAAAAUUAAACUUUCAAUUCAUUUUUUGACCUAACCUAACAUAUUUUAUACCAUUAAUCAUGUCCUAAAGAUGAAAUCUUGAUUUUUCCUUCGAUUUGGUUGACUUGUUCAUUUUUUUUCCUCAAAUUUCAGUGUAUAUUUCUACUUUUUUCCCAAAAUUAAAUAAUUUCAAUUCAUUUAGGACCAUUUUGUAACCAAACAAAAUAUGAAACAUAUUUUCAUGUCUCUCAAUCAAUUCCUAAAUAUACAAACUAAUUUUUUUUAGUUUACUAAUUAUUUUUUUCAAAAUUAUGUUUUUCAGAAACAUUUUUGUCAUUUUCUAAAACUACUGGUUAGUAGAACCCGAGUUUUUUAUCAAGUUUUCAUAAAUUUUCACUUAUUUUUCCAAAACUCUUGAGGUAUUUACACCCCAACAACAAAUUUUCUUUCCUGUUACUCAUUUCGUACAAGUGUAAAUUGUAUGUAUCAAUUCGACUCUUAUUCUUUCAUAAUUUUCCAAAAUUUCAAUCUACAUUUCUACUCUUCGUCCAAAAUUAACUUAUUUAGGGUCAUUUUUUGACCUAACAACAUAUUUUAUACCGUUAGCCACGUCCUUAAGCUGUAUAUUAAUUUUUUCGUUAAGUUUUUUCUAUAAAUUUCUGAUAUUUCUAACAUUACUUAUUUAGGGCAGUAUUUAGUAGAAUUUGAGCUAAUACGGAACCAAUUUAUAACAAACAAUAAAUUUAUUGAAAAAUCUUGUACAAGAAACCAUUUUGUUCAAGAAAAAAAUACAUAAUCAUUUAGAUAUCAACAAAUUUCUUUAAUAUUAAAUACAUUUAGACAUUGUUCGUUCCAUUAUUCAAUUUUUAUCGAUACUGGGUUUAUUUUAUAUAUAGAAAUAUUUUUUUAUAAUAAUAAUCAACGAAACAUGUCAAAAAAAAAGAAAAAUCGAAUAGUACUUAACCAACAUUAUUUAAUUUUAAUUCAAUACUAAUAGAAGCACUUGAUUUCAGUUGGACAUUUUUGUGAAAUUGCCAUCAAAAGUUUAAAUAUUAUGCUUAGUUGACUCAAAUUUUCAAUUAUAAUUUUAUAUAUAACAAAUCUCUUCCAAAGUAAAACAAUUAAUACAAAAAUCACUUGUUUUGCAACAAAAUUUUAUAACACCCACUAUAUAUUCAUACAUAAUUAAAUAAAUUACAAAAUUUAAUUAUAAUAUCAACAAUUUAUUCACAUUUUCAUCUAAAAUUUUUGAAAAAUUGAAAAUUUUUGAAAAAUCAUCAACAUUUUAUUAUCCAAUUCUACAAAUUCCAAUAUUUCAAGUCUAAAUUUUCUAUUUAUACCAAAUAUUUGUAAUUCUCAACAUAUUUUCCAAAAAUUACAUUCUACUCUGAAUAUCCCGAUAGGUAUCAUAAUAUCUACCAACUUCCAAUAAAAUAUUUUUAUAUAUCUUGUGAUAUGCAUCAUUAUUAUGACGGAAUUUACAAAAAAAUCCCAAAUUAAACUACAGUAACACCAAAACUCGCGAUUUAAUCCGUCUCGAAGGACCAGAGUGUGUAAAUAUUGUGGUGAAACGAGUAAACGAAUUGUUCUAGUCAUGAAAUAAAUUUCGGUGGUACUGAAUUUUCAGAUUUUCCUUUUUGACAUGCUAAAAUGAAUAAAUCCUCGUGGUUCGUGCAUGUAAUGUGAUUGUAAGUGUGAUAAAUGAUUGACAUUUUUAUUUGACACAGAUGAAGAAGACUGAUUUCUAUCUAAAUAGAUUUGACCUAACUAUGAAUAAACGUGUUUUAUUUUUUUUAUUCCCUUCCUGUAACAAAAUUAACUUACAAUAAUUCAAAAAUGAUGGUGUCAUAAUUGACAGUUUUUAUAUAAACAAUGGAAAAGUUUUGAUCGUUUUUUAUUGAUAUUAUAAGCUUUUCGUAGGGUGAAACAAAUCCCAUUACCUUUUUUAGUUCAUUCUGUCACUUAUUAUUUUCCUUGUGGUCCUGUCUUUUAUUUUUUUACUAAUCGCUUGAUUCCCAUUUCAUUCUAGUACUCUUCUUUUUCUAUUUCCUGGAUCCUAUUGUGGGAUUCACGCAUUUUACAUGAUUUGUUGGUUCUUUUUUUCAAAAUUUCAAUGUAUACUUGUAAAUUUUGGUAAAAAUUUAAUAGUUCUAACUCAUUGAGGUUAAUGUUCUGAGCAAAAAGUAAAACCCAGAUAACUCAACCUCAAUUAUAAACGAUUUUCCUUCAAUUUCUUGAUGAUUUGUAAAUUAAUAAUUCA